AUGUCGGGCUUUCAGAAAUAUGACCCACCGAUUCUUCUUUGUCAAUCGGAGCUCUUCUGGACUCGAUUGCAACCUUUUCUCCUGUCCCGCGGCUACCGGCUCCGGCGCAGAUAUCAACCCAACUGGAAACCGUCCAGGACGCCCAGUCAUCCCAUUCAGGAGCCCCAUGAAGAUGAACUACUUCCCAUCUGGCCUUCUGUCCUUGAUGCCGUGUCCAUACGGGACGGGAAGAAGGUUGUUCUGAAACGAGUCAGGACAAACACAAACGAAAUCACCCUUGGUCUAUUUUUCUCUACUGAGACAAUUAGGCGCGAUCCACGGAAUUGUAUCUGUCCUAUCCUCGAUGUUAUCCCUGUCCCUGCGGACGAUGACUGGGCGAUACUGGUGAUGCCCAGUCUGUAUCCUUUCGACGCCCUUCCGUUUCGAAGAGUUGGAGAAUUUGCCGAGGCGAUAUUGCAGUUUCUGCAGGGAAUGGAGCUCAUGCAUGAGAACCUCGUCGCGCACCGCGAUAUGUGCUAUUUCAAUCUCAUGAUGGACGCUUCGCGGGUGAUACCCAAAGGGUUCCAUUUCGGUGAAUUAUACAGCCACGACGGAUUAUACGGCAAGAAGUUUAGAUGGUGUCAGCGCUGGAAAGUGCGUCCCGUGACAUACUACAUUAUCGAUUUCGACAUAUCGGAGCGGUUCACGACGAGCCCUGCACUUAUGUUGGGACGCUGUGGACAGGACAAGACAGUGCCCGAGUUUUCCGAAAGGGUUCCUUUCGAUGCCUUCAAACUCGAUAUCUACCAACUGGGAAAUGUUAUCUUGAGAAUGGUCAAUGGUAUUGACUUUACACUUAUCGUACCUGAGCUCUGGAACUCUGUUCUUGAUGGCGUGUCCGUACGGGACAGGAAGAAGGUCGUUCUGAAACGAGUCAGGACGAACACAAACGAGAUCACUCUUGGUCUGUUUUUCUCUACUGAGACAAUUAGACGCGAUCCACGGAAUUGUAUCUGCCCGGUCCUUGACGUUAUCCCUAUCCCUGCGGACGAUGACUGGGCGAUACUGGUGAUGCCUUGUCUGUAUCCUUUCGACGCCCUUCCGUUUCGACGAGUUGGAGAAUUUGCUGAGGCGAUAUUACAGUUUCUUCAGGGAUUAGAGCUCAUGCACGAGAACCUCGUUGCUUACCGCGAUAUGUGCUAUUUCAAUCUCAUGAUGGAUCCAUCACGCGUCAUCCCCAAAGGGUUCCAUUACAGCAACUGGUUCAGCCACGAUGGCUCGUUCGGAAAGACAUUUCAGUGGCGGGACCGCUGGAAAGUGCGCCCUGUGAAAUACUACGUUAUCGAUUUCGACAUAUCGGAACAAUUUAUGAUGAAGCCCGCACUUAUGUUGGGACGGUGCGGACAAGACAAGACAGUACCAGAGUUCUCGACCACGAUCCCUUUCGAUGCAUUCAAGCUCGAUAUAUACCAGCUGGGAAACGUUAUCUUGAGGGUCAUCCAGGUGAGCUGCCUUCCUAGGAGACAACUGAGGGCCUUCUUUGACGAAAGCAUAGAAAUACGAAGGUCUCGAAAUGUUCCGGGAUUUAGGGAGGCAAAUGACGAGGGCAAAUCCCCAUGA